UAACGCGUUUAUCUCAGUAUCUUAUUCCUCUUUCCUUUUUUCUACCAUCGACAUGGCAAAGAGUGUCCGAGCGAGUGUCCAAAAGCGCAAUAGAGCGAAACUGCGAGCCACAGUCUUUGGGCCAGUUGUUGAUGCGCGAACUGAAAGGCUCUCAGCUAAACUGCAAGAACUUGCCUCCCAGCCAAAACCAAGUAAUGAAGAAAAGUUAGAUACGGCACUGGACAUGAAGGAUCGCCAGGAAGAGACUAAGAUAUUACAACCAAAUGAAGGCCAACAUAACUUGCUUGAAAUUGCUCCAGCUUGUGGCUUCUGCCACCGAGAAAUAGCUAUGAAGGUUGCGACAUCGAAGUGGACGAUACUCAUCGCCAACAUACUCGUCCCCAUAUCGAUUCUCGUCUUUUCCUCUGGCUUUUUCCCUUAUAAGAAUUUGCUCCCGGGCUUUGCAACAAAUGAACACACCAAUAACAGUCAAAUUCCGCCGGGCGUAUUCGACAAAGUUGUCUUUAUGGUAGUCGAUGCAUUGCGGAGCGAUUUUGUUUAUUCCCAAAACUCUGGGUUUCUGUUCACUCAAAGCUUAAUUCGGUCAGGCGCUGCUCUCCCAUUCACUGCCUAUGCUAGCGCUCCGACUGUCACAAUGCCCCGGCUGAAAGCCAUAACAACAGAGGCUGAUACCUCGGCGACUCUCACGCACCAAGAUACAUGGUUAGCACAAUUGAAAGCAAAAGGUGGUAAAAUGGUCAUGUAUGGGGAUGACACUUGGCUGAAGUUAUUUCCUGGGAUGUUUCACAGGGCUGAUGGGACUACGAGCUUCUUUGUUUCGGACUUCACAGAGGUAGACAAUAAUGUGACUCGUCACAUCCCCAGUGAACUCUUGCAAGAUGACUGGUCAGCUUUGAUAAUGCACUUCCUUGGUCUUGACCAUAUAGGACACAAAGCUGGACCUAAUAGCCCAUACAUGAUAGCAAAGCAACAUGAGAUGGAUUCUGUUGUUAACAUGGUGUACACAGCUCUGGAGCAAGAGAAACAUCUUGAAACCACCCUCUUUGUAUUAUGUGGUGACCAUGGGAUGAACGAUGCUGGGAAUCAUGGUGGUUCAUCUGUGGGCGAAACAUCACCGGCUCUGCUUUUCAUAUCGCCUAAAUUUCAGCGACUCGAAACUCGAAACGAUAGUCCAACGGAAGAAUUCAGUGACCUGCAAUAUUACCAUACUGUUGAACAGACAGAUAUCACACCGACACUGGCGGGGCUGCUAGGCUUGCCGAUUCCCUUGAAUAGCCUAGGUGUCUUUAUCCCAGAGCUUCUUGUGAUGUGGGAUUACGGUAAGGAUCUCUUAUCAUUCGGACUAAACAAAAAAGCUAAGUCAUCACCCCUGAUCUCGACAUCAGGACCGCACAGGAUUCAUAUGCUGCUCGAAAACGCCAAGCAGUUGCUGAAAACCGUUAAAGGAUCGUUUCCGAGUUACAGUUUUGAAUUUAAUUUGAUGCCUGCUAAUUGUAGCUCUCAAUCAUUGACCGAUAUUGAGCGUGUUCAGUGCGCUUGGUUCCGAGUGCUUGAACUACUCAAUAGAUCGGGUGCUGAUUACGAUCGUGGAGCCUCUUCAGAGGUCGAGUCUGCUCUUCUACUGUUUUUGAGGAGUGCCCAGGGACUUAUGAGCAGAGCUGCGAGUGAUUAUAACCUUUUAAGGCUCUAUAUCGGGCUUUCCAUUGCCGGCUUUGCUAUCUCACUUACCUUUUUCCCAGUCAAAAGGCUGCUAGUGAACUUCGCGCCGGCAGGAAUAUUUUUGGGAUUUAGCAUCCUAAGUUAUAGUACCAUGAUGUUUGCAAGUAGCUACGUGGAAGAAGAACAGCAGUUCUGGUACUGGGUAUCGAUGGGAUGGGUGGUUUACCUACAUCUUAAAUAUGCUGGUUACUUCCAUCGCAAGUCAAUCCAAAAAUCUGGUCCAGCGGAAGGAUACUGGCCAUUUGUACCCUCACUUCCCAGGUUUGGUGCAGCUACGCUAGCAGUGUCUUAUCGAGUUCUGCGAAGAUGGAAUCAGACAGGCCAAAAAUUUGCUGCUCAGCCGGACAUUACCGGGUCCUUUUUUCCUUCCCAUCAGCAUACUUUGUGGGCCUUGGUGAUUCUGACAUACGCUGAUACUUGUUUGCACCUUCUCUUCGACCUUCCUGCAUCAAUGCUUUGGCGUUUUAUUAGUUGUGUGGUGACGCUGGCAGCCUUUCUUUUCAAGUUAUCAUUGGCGGCAUCCGACUCUCCCGAACUUCUCGGUAACUCCUUCUUGCAGCCCGUGGCCAUGGUAGCUGAUGGAAUGCACCUGCUUUAUCAUGCAAGAAUGGUUCUUUGUGGAAUAUCUCUUCUCAUGAUAUACUCCAUGUAUGUCGGAAAAGCCCGGGGAUCGAUUCACAAGGGCACUGGCAAGUAUUGA